UCGUUUUGAUCAGUUUAGUUUAGAUUGUAAAACGUGUUUGAUGUGUUCUUCGACAAGUGAGCGCGCCGACUUGAACGAUGUGGAAAUCAGUUGUUUUGAUUUUCAAAGUUAGUUUUUCUUUUAUUUGGUUCAGCAUCGGAAAUUUUCUAAUUCGAUUCUGGCCUGGCAUUACACGACCCGUAGUUGAAGUUCGCCAAGGAAAGGUGCGUGGGAUUACGAGUACGCUACCUGGGGACGUAAAGUAUCACUAUUUUAAAGGGAUUCCUUAUGGGAAACCUCCCGUUGGGAAGCUUCGCUUCCAGUCUCCUGUUCCUCUGGAGAGGUUCAGCCAGCCGGUGCUCGAUUGUAGCUACGACAGGCCGGACCUUAUACAACCUGACGUUGUCAUCAACAGGAUAGUUUUUGGCUCCGAAGACGGACUCUACUUGAACGUUUUCACACCCGGAUUGCCCAACGAAAAUGAUACCAAAUAUCCGGUGAUGGUGUUCAUUCAUGGGGGUGGCUACCGCUAUGGAUCCCCAACUUCAUUUUUGUACGAGCCCAAGUCCCUUGUGCGAAGGGGUGUUGUAGUGGUCAGCAUGUCAUACCGUCUUGGUCCGUUGGGAUUUCUGAGUCUGCCCAGCGCGGGAAUUAGUGGCAACAUGGGACUCAAAGAUCAACGCCUCGCCCUGCAAUGGGUUCACGAAAACAUAGGUCAGUUCAACGGGGAUGCUGAAAAUGUUACCCUUUUCGGGCAAAGUGCUGGCAGCUGGUCAACUUAUCUGCACUACUUGUCGCCAAAAUCACGGAAAUAUUUCCAACGGGUAAUUUGCUUAAGUGGCGAUUCUUGCUCGGAAGCAGCAUUCCAAGUUGAUCCAGAGGGAAAAGCAAGGAAACUAGCACAACUACUGGGAUAUAGAGGAAACACUGACCAGGAAGUUUUGGAAACACUCAUGAAAGCAUCGGCCAAGUCUCUGGUCAGACUCCAGUCCCGCGUGCAGAACCCGCUGGAAGAUGGCGACCCUUUGCGAGUGUUUUUGUUCAAACCUGUUAUCGAACAUGAAUCCGUCGAGGACAGUUUCAUAACGCAAAUGCCUGAACAAAUUUUAAAGUGCUACGACUCCUUAGAAAUGCCCAUAAUGUCGGGAAAUGUGAGCAGUGAAGGAUUGCUCGCCUUGCUACUGAACAGAAAUAAUUUGGAUGAUUACAACAAACACGUCGAUUGGUUGGUACCUCGAUUUAUGGGAUAUUCUGCGAAAUUGGACCGCAAAGCCGUUGGUGAGCAGAUAAAGCGAUUUUUUGUGGGCGAUAGCAAGAUCGGAUGGAAUACUGCAGAUGAGACGAGUGAUUUGAUGACAGAUUCAACGUUUGUUGGGUCUUCCAACUUGAGCGCUGAAUGGAUUGCGAAAUAUCAACCGAAUGUGACGCAUUACAAAUAUUUCUUCACCUUUGAAGGGCGUUUAAACCUUUUCAAAAUUCUUUUCAAUAUGAGUGAGGUGCACGGCGUUGACCAUGGUGAUGAUGUUUUCUAUUUGUUUUCCCCAAACUUUCUGCCAAAACUAGCAAAGGAUAGUGUCGAAAACAAGAUGCGUGAAAUUUAUAUUACACUGUUGACCAACUUUGCCAAAUUCAACGAUCCAACCCCGGAUGAGAGCAACCUUGGGUUCAAGUGGAAUCCAGUAGCGCCAGUGCGUCGAGAUUCGGAUUCAUUUGACUUUGACUGCUUAGAGGUUAACGUACCGUCUCGAAUGGUCCGGAAUCCUAACGAAGAAAGAAACGAUUUUUGGAGGAAUUUAUUGAAGGUCAAUACGGAGUUGUUAUAAAAGUAUAGGAAAACAAAAUGUCGUUCCAGUUGAAAAAAAUCCUACUAGUCCAAAUUCGUUGUUGAAAAUUUAGUAAUGAUCUAAAGUUUAAUUUAGAAUUUUAUAUUCGUUAAUUUUCAUCAUUGUACCACAAAUCGGCUAUGAUUGAACCUUAAACAUACCAGUUUACUUACUUUGUCUAACUUAUUUAUUCCAAUUUUGUAUCAUCUAUAUGCAAAUAAAUAUCAGAUGGCUUCU